AUGGCAGAUGAAAAGGAAAAUGAUCAACUCAAAGUGAUAACGGUGGAAUUCAAAGUCUCCAUGUAUUGUAAUGCAUGUGAAAGAAACGUGGCCAAAACAAUUUCAAAGUUUAAAGGAGUGGAGACAUUUACAACAGACAUGAACAAACACAAGGUAGUGGUAAUAGGCUGUAUCGAUCCACAAAAACUUGUGAAGAAACUAAAGAAGAAGACAGGGAAGAGAGUAGAAAUUAUAGUAAAGAAGGAAGAAGAAGAAGAAGAAAAAGAAAAGGCUACAAAAGAAAAUUAUGAUAAUCAAGGAAAUGAUGCAGGGCCACCAUUUUUCUUGGAUUUUUGUGAAGAGGAAUUGUUAAUGUCAUUUAGUGAUGAAAAUCCAAAUGCAUGUUCGGUUAUGUAA